GAUAAUGUCUUUCUUUUAGAGUUUGUGUCCAGUGGAAGCUGUUAAAGCCAUGCCUUGGCACGAGAUGUUAAGUGUAAGAAUGGUCACCCUUACAGCUGUUGUUUUUAUAUUGUUUACGUCACGCAAUGCUUGUUUCGGAUCCACUUAAAUAGUCAUUACAUUUUGUUUACUCGUGAUUCGCCGGUAAACAUCAUUGGUUCAACACAAGUGCUUAAAGGGUUUCCUUAUUUAUCUUUCACUUUUGAGCGAUUGAGGAGAAUAUUUAAAAGUUAAUCUGCGGAAGAAGGCUCAGAGAAUCAAAAUGGAUCUGUGGGAUGAAACGACGAAUGUACUGAUCAAUUCCUCACGGAUCGAUCUUCGACGUGACUCGAUAGAUUCAGUGAAUCGACAGAACUUUAAAGUGUACAAGAAGAGAUGGUAUAUACUUUUCUUGUUUUUUCUGUGUUCUGCGCUGAAUGGUGCAAAAUGGAACACGUGGAGCCCAAUUCAAGGUACCUCGCAAGUUGUCUUCGGCUGGAGCAGUACGACCAUCACUUUACUAGUUGCAUGGGGUCCGAUCGUCUUCAUCGUUAUGUUUUUACCAUUGUCGUGGCUCAUGGAUGUGAAAGGUCUGAGAGCAUCAACCCUCCUCUUGGCACUUGUUAACGUCACAGGAGCAGCAUGUCAAGCUAUUCCACUGGAUAAUCUGGAAAUUCAGACAUGGUUAACCCACACUGGGGUUGUCUUAAACAGCAUUGGAGGACCAAUUGCUAUGGCAUCAGGUCCCAUCAUAUCUGCUGCCUGGUUUCCUCCGUACCAGCGCAUAACGUCAACUGCAUUAGCAUCCCUAGCUCCCUAUAUUGGCUCUGGGCUUUCUUUUAUCAUUGGGCCCCUGUUAGUUCCAGACAUAGGGAAUCAAAGCAGCAAAAUUGGUAAAAGCAUUGACUAUAUCAAACUUCGAAACAACAUGACUCAUGAACAGAUCAUGUAUCUCAAGGGGAAAAUCAUGCAACUGAUGUAUAUUGAACUGGGGGCAGCAGCAUUGACUUUGCUUCUAAUUGUGGUGUAUUUUCCAAGCAAACCAAAACUGCCCCCCAGCUUUACAGCAGCAGUCAAUCGUCUGGAUUUUAAAGAUGGUUUCAGACAACUAAUGCAAAAUAAACAGUUUUGGCUUUUGCUGUUUGUAAAUGGGGCAACUAUUGGUGUUUAUGUUGGCUGGGUGUCUAUAUUAGACUUGAAUCUAUCACAGUUUGGUAUUGGAGAAAAAUCUGCUGGCUGGCUAGGAUUUGGUGCUUCAAUGGCUGGAAUAGCUUCAGGAAUUUCUUUGUCCAUCCUUGCAGACCAUGUAUCCAGGCACAUGAAAGUGAUACAGUUUGUCCUCUUGUUUGGUUGUGCAGUAUCAUUUGCAAUAUUUACAUUAAUAUGUGCAAGAAUCAUCCCUUACAACAAGAUUUUACUUUAUGCAACCUUUAUUAUUGGUGGAUUCUUUGCAAAUGGCACUGUGCCCUUGUUUUUUGAGAUGGCAGUGGAGACUGCAUACCCUGUUGCUGAAGGAAUCUCAUCUGGCUUCUUAACAGUGUCUUGCAAUCUUCUCCAGUUAAUAUUUUACAUAUUUCCCUUGCUGUCCAAUUUUGGAUUAAGGUGGAUUAAUUGGUGCACAUUUGUGACUUAUAGUGUUUGUAUUCCAUUGCUUGCUCUGUGGAGAGAGAGAUACUAUCGAUCUGAUGUAGAUGAUCAAGGCAAAAAAGAGGAAAAUGAUUCUCACUAAAACUAGAUCAAGAGUAGUUCCUCCUUUUUGGUACAAAUAAAAAAAAAUAAGUUAAAAAAAUAUGAUCAUGUUAAAAGGCAGCUUGGAGCUCUGGGAGUAAGGCAAUGUAUGUUAUUAUCAUUUUUUGUUUUGUUCACUGAUUUUUUUGAGUAGAGCAAUGG